CUGCGUGCAAGACUAACAAACAUCGAACCAUUCCCGUAGACCCCAGUAAUCAUUACACCCCAAUCUCACUCUCUCUCUCUCUCUCUCUCUCUGGACAUCCUUCUUUCUCUCUCUAGACACCAUAUCUCUCUCUCUCUCUCUCUCUCUUAUAUAUUUAGGCUGCUUUAUUUAUAUAUGGAUCAGGGGUGCUUUCUUUCCUUCACUCUGCAUGACUCCCUAAUCCUCUCUCUCUAAACUUCUAAAUCUCUCUCUCUCUCUCUUCAUCCUUUCUCUCUCUAUAUCUGUUCCAGAGACCUCAUACUAGCUAAUACAAUCUCAGCUGGAGUUGUAAUUGUGCAUGGAUGGAUCCUUCAAGUGCACAGCAGCAUCAGGAAAUGGCCUCUCAGACACUAGAAAGCAUGUUGGUGUGCACAAAAACACAGCAAGAGAAGAAACCAAGGCCUCAAGAACAAGCUCUGAAAUGCCCUAGAUGUGAGUCCACCAACACCAAGUUUUGUUACUACAACAACUACAGUCUCUCUCAGCCAAGGUACUUUUGCAAGUCAUGUAGGAGGUAUUGGACCAAAGGAGGGACACUGAGGAAUGUUCCAGUGGGUGGGGGGUGCAGGAAGAACAAGAGAUCAUCAUCAUCCAAAAGGAAUCAUGAUCAAGAUCAACCACUCACAACCAAUCCCAGUCCACUCUCCACUCUCCCAACCAUGACCUAUGACACCAAUGAUCUCUCCCUAGCAUUUGCUAGGCUCCAGAAGCAGCCAACUGGGCAUUUAGGGUUUGAUAUUUGCCAUGAUCUUCCAAUGUUGGAUCACUCCAACAACACUCCUGGCUUUCUUGAUGCACUGAGGAGUGGAUUUCUUGAAGCCCCAAAUGGUAAUUUUAGUAAUUUGUAUUAUGGGGUUGGGAAUGGUAACAUGGGUCAUUUGGAAAAUGGUGAUUUGGGUGUCAAUUUUGGUGAAGAAGUGUCAACAAUGCCAUAUGAUCAUCAAGAUAUGAGCGGCGGCGGCGGCGCUGCAGCAUCAGCUGUGACGGUGACAACAAUGAAACAAGAGCAUUGUCAUGACAGAGAAGGUGAGAAUAGGGUUUUGUGGGGCUUUCCAUGGCAGCAGCUUGGAGGAGAUGGUAACAUGGGUGAUUUUGAUUCAGGGAGAGAAAGCUGGAAUGGACUUGGUUCAUCUUGGCAUGGACUUCUCAAUAGCCCUCUCAUGUAGAAUGUCCAUGUUUGGAAGAAAAGAAAAUGAUAGAACUUCUUACUUUCCUUUAAUUAUCAGACUCAAAUUUUAAUUUAAUCCUUUUGAGUUUUGUAUUAGAAGACUUGAUUCUCUUCAUGAAUCAUCUGUGUUUUGUUUUUUUAUUUUUUAUUUUGUUUCUUAAUUAAUUGGUAAAGUAGUGAGACUAUAUAUAUAUAUAUAUUGAUUAAAGUAA